AUGCCUUCUUCUUCGCAGUCUUCCUCCUGGGAGCCGUAUCCUGAGGUGUUUUCUCACGAUUCCGCGCUGAUUGUUCCUUCAGGCGCGCCUCCUGCCCAGGGCAGCCCUCGUGGUGGCGCAGCAGGUCAGUCAGCGACAGGCGGCGGGGAUCGCGUCGUCGAUUUGUCUUCGCUCUUCCACCCCGAAUACUUGCGAGCCCGCGCGCUGCAGAUCUGCGCAGACGCCGACAGAUUCCGCGCAGAGCGAGAGCUGAAGUCAACAGCGGCGGCUCUCCACAAGCCUCACACGGUGACCGCCGACCAAGACGAGCAACUCGCCGAGCUGCGCCUCCUCAAGCAGCUCGCGGAUGCGCAGAGUAGUGGCGAGGUUGGCACGCAGAUCUUGGCGGCAAAGAUCGCGGGGGUCGAGCGGAAGGAGAAGCAACUCCUGCAAGCGCGACAACGACUCGAGGAGGAGCGAAACAAGUUGGAGGCCAGAGCGAACGCCACCGGCGCUGUCACCAAUGCCAUGGAGGAGAGGGCGCAGGACAGCCUCCAGGCGCUGAGAGCGGAGGUUCAGGAGGAGAGGCGGAGACGCAAGGUAGAGGAGAAGAACGCAGAGGAGCUCCGCAAGGCGCUUGAGCAUGAAAAGAAGAAGGCGGACGUGAUCAAGCAGGUACACGCUAAGAAACUCGAAGCCGCUCGGGCCGAAGACCAGCGCGCUCUCGAAGAGGGUCAGUCCAAGUUGAAAGACCUCGAGGAGCUCCGCGAGACUCUGCAGGCGGAGAACGCGCGCCUCGCACAAGAGAGUCAGGCCUUCGCCAGUCGCGUCGCCGAGCUGGAGCGCGAGGUCUCUUCCCUCGUUGGGUCGCGUGGGCAAGCGACUAGCGGUGACGCGAAAAAGGUUGAAGAAGUGGAGAAGGCGUUGCGUGAGAGCGAAGGCCGAGAGGCAGAGCUAAAGCGACGUCUGGAGGACGCUAAAAACGAGAUGAAAGACGAACUGCAACGGUCUUCGACACGGGCGGAGGAGCUGACUGAAAAAGUCAAUGGCGCAGAGGCUUUGCUGAGAGAGGAAAAGGAGCGCGCUGCUCGGCUGGAGCAAGAGCUCUCGAAUGUGCUGUCGCGUGAGGCGGAAAAGGUGAAAAAACUCGAGGAAGCACUCGAAGCCGAGAAGACGAAGCAGCGUGAAGAGAAGACGAACGCGGACAAGAAAUGGGAAGCGCAGGUGCGCGAGGAGAAGGUGCUGAGGAAAAACGUCGAAGAGGAGCGAGAGAAGUGUCAAAGCCUCCAGCGCGAGCUUGAGCAAGCAAAGAAGAGAGGUGACGAGCUCGCGAAGGAGCACGAAACUCUGAAGAAGGCAAAUGGAGCUCUGGAGGAGGAAAAGAAAAAGCUCGCUGAUGCGUUGAAGGAGAAGGAAGCCGCCAUGGAGGCGAAUGAAAAACAGUCUGAAGGAAUGCUGCAGGAUGAACUCGUGAAGGCUGAAGAGCUGCGUGCCCACUUGCUUCUUCACCUGCGCGAGCAGGAAGGCCUGGCAGCCAAGAAAGAGGCGGAGCUGACUGGGCAAGUGAGCGAUGCGCGUGCGAAGCUCGACGAGUUCCGCACCGUGAUGGAGGAGAACCUCGAGAAGGCAAGAGAGGAGGCGAAGGAGAAAGAGACGCUUGCUUCCAGGCUUCAGCGGGAAGUCGAGGAGGAGAAGGCCCGCGCAGAGGAAGUCUUGAGGGAUCUUGAGGCAGCGCGGGCGUCUCUGGCCGCGGACGGCAAGCAGCUUGAGAGUCUGCGGGCGCAUCUUGCGGAGCUAGAUGGAACCUUCAGAGAGGAAAAAAACGCCUGGCGGGCACUGGAGAAGCAACUCCGCGAGGAGGGUGAGGAGAAAGAGCACAUGGCGCAGGCGCACAGGCAUCGCCAGAGCGAGUUGGAACACGAGUCGCGUCUGCUUCAGGAGCGAAUUCGCGAACUAGAAGCGGCGAUGACGCAGCAAGCGACGGUUUUCGAGACUUCCAAAAAAGCCGCUGUUCGCGACGCCAUUGAGAGCGCAGGUGCCAGCGUAAAGGCGGCCGAGGACCUCGUCAAGGCGCUGCGCGAAGAGGUGGCGCAGCUGCGCGACGAGCGAAGGGAGAGAGAGACGGCGUAUGACGCACUGGCGAUGCAGCGGCAGUCGCUGGAAAUCGAGAAGGAACGCAACGAAGCGGCUCACAUGGAUCGGCUGUACGAACUGGAGACACGACUCUGUGCGCGGGACGAGGAGGCGCAGAAGGCAGAGAGAAAACACAAGCAAAUGGAGGCUGACAUGCUCCACGCAGUGAGAGAGUUACAGUCCUACCGCGAAACGACCGACGCGCUUCAGAACCAACUCCGGACUCUAGAGGAACGACUCGAGUGGCAGGAGCGCGAACGGCACGAGCUGAGAGAAAGAGCGAGAUGCGAGAGAGAAGCCGCAGUUCGCGAAAGAGACUUGAAAAUCGCCGCGCUCGAGAACGAAAGGGAGCAGGCAGUGGAGAAACUCGAGGAGAUGGCGAAAGCGAGGGCGAAGACGAAGAGCGACCUCGAGGCGCAUGCAAAAUCUCUUCAGGAGCGGCACCAGCGGGUCAGCGACGAUUUGGCGAAGGAGAAAUCGGCGGCGAACCGCCUUCGGGAACAGGUGGUCGGCCUCGAGGCGCUCGUGGCUGAGCAGCGGCGGCAGCGGGGAGCGGCGGAGGCGUCGUUGGAGGCGCAGAAGUCUCACUUGGCGACGCUGGAGAAGGAGUGGGAGGAAGAAUAUAAGUGCCUGCGCGACGCCAAGCACGUCGCUGACGAGAAAGUCGGCAUGCUGCAGAAGUCUGUGGCAUUCCACCGCGCGGCGACGCAGGAGCUCGAGGCGAAGGUGAAGGCCUUGGAGCAGAGAGACCGCGCCGCGGCGCAGCGGUUGGCUGGGGACUUGAGCGCCGCGUCUGGCGCCGCGUCCGGGACCGCGCAGGGCGCGGGGGGAACACGCGCAAGCAAGCGUGCGUCGCCGGCGAAGAAGGCCGUCGCGUCUGACGUGGAGGCGGAGGAGGCCGACGCAGCUGCCGCGCCCGGAGCCCGCACUGCCAGCCGGAAAGGCAGAAAGGCCAAAAAAAUCGAAGACCAGAGGCCGUUGGGCUCUCCCGCGAAACGAAGUGGACGCGAGGGACGCAGCGACGCGUCGCCCGGCGCAGAGAGCGAAGUCGAGCCUCCUGCGAACCGCCGGCAGCUGCUGGCUUACGUGAUGGCGCUUCUCAUGCUCCCUAUUGCAUUUGCAGUUUUGAAGGCCGCGAACGUGCUGUAG